ACAAGCAUGGUCCAAGUCGGGAAACGUUCCAUUUCCUAUCACUGCUUCCUCUUACUGACAGCAAAAUGCUGCUGGUUGUUAACUGCCAUGCAGACAUCGGAUGCCCAAGAGCAUGCUCAUUCCAUUCGCCUGGAAGGUGAUAUAAUUUUGGGAGGACUAUUUCCUGUUCAUUCCAGAGGAGAGCGUGGGGUCCCCUGUGGGGAACUAAAAAAGGAGAAAGGAAUCCACCGGCUAGAAGCCAUGCUUUAUGCUAUUGACCAGAUCAACAAAGAUCCUGAUCUUCUCCCAAAUGUCACUCUGGGAGUGCGAAUCCUGGAUACCUGUUCUAGAGACACAUAUGCCCUGGAGCAGUCCUUGACUUUUGUACAAGCCCUCAUUGAAAAGGAUGCAUCUGAUGUAAGGUGUGCCAAUGGGGACCCCCCUAUUUUUGCCAAGCCUGACAAAAUUAUAGGAGUAAUAGGAGCUGCUGCUAGCUCUGUGUCUAUAAUGGUAGCCAACAUCUUAAGGCUUUUUAAGAUACCUCAAAUUAGCUAUGCAUCUACAGCCCCAGAACUAAGUGACAACACCAGGUAUGACUUUUUCUCCCGAGUUGUUCCUCCUGACUCGUAUCAAGCACAAGCCAUGGUUGAUAUUGUCACCACUUUGGGAUGGAACUAUGUGUCAACACUGGCCUCGGAGGGAAAUUACGGAGAGAGUGGUGUGGAGGCAUUUAUACAGCUCUCAAGGGAGUACGGAGGUGUUUGCAUUGCACAGUCACUGAAAAUCCCCAGAGAACCCAAACCUGGUGAAUUUGACAAGAUAAUUCAACGCUUAAUGGAAACCUCAAAUGCUCGUGGUGUGAUCAUGUUUGCAAAUGAAGAUGACAUCAGGCGAGUUUUGGAUGCAGCCAAGAAAAACAACCAGACCGGCCAUUUCCUUUGGGUUGGUUCAGAUAGUUGGGGUUCCAAAAUUGCACCAGUUUUUCAACAAGAAAAGGUGGCUGAAGGUGCUGUUACAAUCCUUCCAAAAAGAGCUUCAAUUGACGGUUUUGACAGAUUUUUCCGGAGUCGAACCCUUGCAAAUAACAGAAGAAAUGUGUGGUUUGCUGAAUUUUGGGAAGAAAAUUUUGGAUGCAAAUUAGGGUCACAUGGCAAGCGAGUUGGGAACCUGAAGAAAUGCACUGGAUUGGAAAAAAUUGGCAGAGAUUCCAGUUAUGAACAAGAAGGGAAGGUACAGUUUGUUAUAGAUGCAGUGUACUCCAUGGCCCAUGCAUUACAUAAUAUGCAUAAGGAACACUGCCCAGGUUAUGUUGGACUCUGUGCACGAAUGAGUAACAUCGAUGGGAAGGAACUACUCCAUAAUAUUCGAUCUGUAAAUUUCAAUGGAAGUGCAGGAACUCCAGUCAUUUUCAAUGAGAAUGGUGAUGCUCCUGGGCGCUAUGACAUUUUCCAGUAUCAAAGCACCAACAGAUCAACAACAGAAUACAAGAUAAUUGGACAUUGGACUGAUCAGCUUCAUUUAAACAUGAAUGAAAUGCAUUGGACGACAGGGGAUUCCUCCAUUCCGGCCUCUGUCUGUAGUGUUCCAUGUAAACCAGGAGAGAGAAAAAAGACUGUGAAGGGGGUGCCAUGCUGCUGGCACUGUGAGCGCUGUGAAGGAUAUCAUUACCAAGUGGAUGAGUUCAGCUGUGAGCUUUGCCCUUAUGAUCAGAGGCCUAAUGAGAACCGCACAACCUGCCAGCCAAUUCCCAUUAUCAAGCUGGAAUGGCACUCACCUUGGGCAGUGGUACCAGUCUUUAUAUCUAUGCUGGGAAUCAUUGGAACCACCUUUGUAAUUGUGACGUUUGUAAAAUACAAUGACACUCCAAUUGUAAGGGCAUCUGGGAGGGAACUGAGCUACGUGCUUUUGACUGGCAUAUUCCUUUGUUAUGCUAUCACUUUUUUAAUGAUUGCUGCCCCGGACACUGCUGUGUGUUCCUUCCGUCGUAUCUUCCUGGGACUUGGCAUGUGUUUUAGUUAUGCUGCCUUAUUAACAAAAACUAACAGGAUCCACCGCAUUUUUGAGCAAGGCAAAAAAUCAGUCACGGCACCUAAAUUUAUAAGCCCUGCUUCCCAGUUGGUCAUUACAUUCAGCCUCAUCUCCUUUCAGUUGCUGGGUGUAUUGAUCUGGUUUGCUGUGGAUCCCCCUCAUAUCAUAGUAGACUAUGGGGAGCAAAGAACACCAGAUCCUCAGAAUGCCAGAGGGGUUCUCAAAUGUGACAUUUCUGAUCUUUCUCUAAUCUGUUCCCUUGGAUACAGUAUUCUUUUGAUGGUCACAUGCACUGUUUAUGCCAUAAAAACAAGAGGUGUUCCAGAGACAUUCAAUGAAGCUAAGCCUAUUGGAUUUACCAUGUACACAACGUGCAUCAUCUGGCUAGCUUUUAUACCAAUAUUCUUUGGUACAGCGCAAUCAGCAGAGAGGAUGUAUAUUCAAACGACAACCCUUACAAUCUCCAUGAGCCUAAGUGCAUCAGUUUCUCUGGGCAUGCUGUACUUACCCAAGGUUUACAUCAUCAUCUUCCACCCAGAGCAGAAUGUGCAGAAGCGCAAGCGCAGCUUCAAGGCUGUUGUGACAGCAGCCACUAUGUCCAGCAAGCUAACACAAAAAGGAAAUGACAGGCCAAAUGGAGAGGUCAAAACUGAACUCUGUGAAAGCCUUGAAACCAACAGUAAGGGAUCAAGAGUGGGUUUCCUUAUCGAGAUAUGAAUGCAUAGAGAGGGCAACGAUGUCAGAAGCUGCCGCAUCAUCUACCAAAACAACAUAUGUGAGUUAUAGCAACCACGCCAACUGAAAGAUCUGAAGAGGAUAACUCUAAUCAUGAUUAAAUUAGGGAUUACUUACAUAAGGAUAUAAGAAGAAUUCAACAAGCACAACGGCAUGAGACAUUGUAUGAAACAUUAAGAUGAACUGCUCUUUCUGGAAGACAGAGCAUAAUAUUAAGUUUGUUUGCUUGUAUUCAUACAGAGUAAAUCACCCAGCCAUAAAAUAAUUUUAAAAAAAGCAUAGGCUGAGACACCAGUCAGAAAGAACAUUUGACUUUGGGCAAAAAAACAAAAAUAAAUAAAA